GCGACAGGUGAUUUGUGAGACACAACACUCAGCGAGCAAUCAGCGAGGCUCCUGCCGGUUCCCGUACAGCUUCAACGUCACUUCCGGGGUCAGCCAAAUGCUAUGGCCGCUAACGCGGAGCCGAGGCGGCGGCCAGGAGUUGGGGUCGGCGUGGUGGUGCUGAGCUGCGAGCAUCCUCGCUGCGUCCUUCUGGGAAAAAGGAAAGGGUCGUUCGGAGCCGGCAGUUUCCAGCUUCCUGGGGGCCAUUUGGAAUUCGGUGAGACCUGGGAAGAAUGCGCUCAGAGAGAAACCUGGGAAGAAGCUGGGCUUCACCUGAAAAAUGUGCGCUUUGCCUCCGUGGUAAAUUCUUUUGUUGAGAAGGAGAAUUACCAUUAUGUUACCAUAUUAAUGAAAGGAGAGGUGGAUAUGACUCAUGGUUCGGAGCCGAGGAAUAUGGAGCCUGAAAAGAAUGAAAGUUGGCAGUGGGUUCCAUGGGAAGCAUUUCCUCCUUUAGACCAGCUUUUCUGGGCUCUCCGCUGUCUAAAAGAGCAAGGUUAUGACCCAUUUAAAGAGGACCUGAACCACCUGGAAGGGUACCGAGGAGAGCACCUUGAAAGGACCAUGAAGACUCCUUGAUUAAAAACAAAAUCUUCAGGAAAUGAAAAAUUCUGUUUCAGGACAACUUGAUUUUAUCCAUAGAGCCGCGUGGUCACCAGUUUAUCAGCAGUCCCCUGAUGUAACUCAAGAGCCUUAAGAAACUUCCUGGGGUGUGACGCCGAAUUGUCCUGGAGGCAUAGAGUAAGGUGUGUAAGGAGCUUGUGGUUCUUUAUCUGCACUUCUGCGUGGUUUCCGCUGUCCGCUGCAUGGAGGCGAGCGUAAUAGAUUGCCUUGUGCUAGUUCAAACAGAGGUCGGAACUCAAAUGUGGCCAUUCAAGUUUAAAAGCAAGGCACCUACUGCUAAAUUCAUCAAGCUUGAUGUUUUCCUUUUCCCUUUCAGCCACUUGAAAAGAACUUUUAAAUGACAAUUCAUGUAACUAGAGAGCUUAUGAAAAGCAGUAGGCUGUGUUCCCCUGGUGUCUGAGAGACCCCAUGGUAAGUGUGAGAGUUAGUAUGGCUCUUGCCACUAACGGCCAGGUCCUCUGCAUCUCCCUUUCACGGCCUGAGACUGGGGUGCUUGUGUGCUGGGAUCACACAGAGCAGUGCAACGAAUCACCUACUGGGGGGCAGGGGGCUCCCAGAGGUCAGGAACUCCAGAACAUCACAGCCAAAGGUUGGUUGGCUGCUUUCUUCCCCUAGCAAAUUGUAAACUUUUACUGUGAGAGAUUGAACAGUGAAAUGUCUCACAGAACAGCAUUGUGUGCUGUCUGCUGUCAAAGCCGAGGGUGUUCUGGCUUGAGAGGGGACUUGGGGUUUAAGAGAAUCGUGUUCUUGGCCUGAGGACCGCAUUGUGCUUAGCUAACGUUAACAGCCCAUUCAUGCCGAUCAGCAGCCAGGCUUGGGUUGCAUGGACCCUCAUCUUUCUCUGGUCAGGCACAGCAUAGUUUUCUGGCUGAUGUAGUUUCUGUUACUGAGCAGUGACUGGCCCUUCUGCUGUACAGGCUCCUGCUGAGCUCUUCAUGUGAGGUGGUUUCUCACCAGUGCCAUCUCUGUCCUGCACAGGUGCCAAGUGAGCCCUUUAUCCUUUACUUGUGGGCCCUGUUCUUUACCCAGUAUUCCUGUUUCACGUGGGUCAAUUUUUGAUCAAAAACAUCAAAGAUAGUUGGCAAGUGCUGGCCACACCUCCGGUGCACAGCCCAGGCAGAUGGUUGAUGUCAGCUGUGCCUGCACAGCCCAGAGUUGUUUAUAAUGGCCAGAUAUCACUAAUUUCUUCAUUUAAUCUCAUAUAUCUCAGGCUGGCUUCCGGGUCACUUUGUAGCUAAGGAUAACCUUGAACUUCCAGUCCUGCCUCAGCUGCCCUGAUGCUGAUUUAAGCUACACCCCCCCCCCGCCCCCCAUCUCCAAGUGUGCACAGUAGUUGCCUGUGUGUGGCUGGUGCAUCGUUAGUUUCCUGGGUUACUGUGUUUCAGUACUUAGGGUUGACACAUGACAGGCAAGUGCCAUAACAGACUAAAUGCAGAGGCAGUUAGAGAAGCCAGCUUCCUUCUGUCAGGUCAGACAUUGAAGAGACUUGCCAAAAUCUAAAAUGACUUUCUCAAUGAAGAGGUCAUAAAAACUAUGUUAACAUGUACCUGGUUUUUACUAUAUGGUCAAUAAACUUCCCUAACUUUAAUUUCUAGCAUUAAAUAUUAUUUCAUAGCUUACAAAAAUAAAAUCUGACUUUAAGGUUUUAUAAAGGCACCCAAACCUAAGGAGGAGCUGGACAUUAGCUCAGUGGUAGGGCACCUGCUACGCUUGGUUCAGUCCUCAUCUCCAAGAUAAAAA